AUUUCCAUAUUUUUUUUUUCUAAAACAGUGAUUGAAGCCUGGAAAACCUUUGACGAGAAACACUGAAAUUGUUAGGAUUAUUACUAGGGUGAAGGCAAAACUGUAGUGGCAGUGUAAAAAGCAGCGGGAAGAGAGAGAAAAAGAUAGAACCAAGAACGAAAUGGCAUCAACAUCGUUGAAUGAUGCGAUGGAAGAGGAGAUGACACUCACUGUGAAAUGGAGUGGCAAGGAAUACACUGUGAGAGUCUGCGGAGACGACACUGUUGGAGAGCUCAAGCGUCGCAUUUGCCAAGCCACUGAAGUUCUUCCCAAACGUCAGAAACUUCUUUACCCUAAAAUUAUGGGCCCUAAACUUUCCGAUGAUUCAACUCUUCUCUCUCUCCUCCCUCUCAAAUCUUCCGUCAAGAUGACUAUGAUCGGGACCGUUGAAGAUGAUAUAAUUAUUGAUCCAGUUGAAUCUCCAGAGGUUGUUGAUGAUUUUGAACUCGGACAAGAUGAAGCCGUUGACUUAAAAGAUAAAGAGGUUAACAAGCAGAAACUGAGGAGACGUGUGGAUCAAUACAAGAUUGAAGUAAGGAAUCCAUGCCGUAAAGGAAAAAAACUACUUGUUCUUGACAUUGAUUAUACUCUAUUUGAUCACCGUUCACCAGCCGAGAACCCUCUGCAGCUUAUGCGACCUUAUCUCCACGAAUUCCUUGCUGCUGCUUAUGCUGAGUAUGAUAUAAUGAUAUGGUCUGCAACCAGCAUGAAGUGGGUUGAACUAAAGAUGGGGCAGCUUGGAGUACUCAACAAUCCCAACUACAAAAUCACUGCUCUUUUAGACCAUUUAGCAAUGAUCACAGUUCAGUCAGAUUCACGUGGUGUAUUUGACUGCAAACCUCUGGGUUUAAUCUGGGCACAAUUUCCCAAGUAUUAUGAUUCAACGAACACCAUCAUGUUCGAUGAUCUUAGAAGAAAUUUCGUGAUGAACCCGCAGAAUGGAUUGACAAUCAGACCCUUCAGGAAAGCCCAUUCUAAUAGAGAGAAUGACAAGGAACUAGUAAAGCUUACACAGUAUUUGCUGUCCGCAGCAGAACUUGAUGACCUCAGUGUCCUUGACCACCGUAGUUGGGAAUCAUACAUUGAAGACAACUCUAAGAGGCGCCGUCGUGUAUGAUGGACCUUGUAAUGUAGCAAUGAAACUCAAGCUGUACUUUCAAGCGAAUAUUUGCAUGGAUUUUGUCAAAUUCUGAUAAAGCAUUAUCAAGUAAAAUUUUCUAGCAAUAUUGAUUAUAGUAUAUUGCCCUCCUGAAAGUUGGAGAAAGGUCGUUUAUUCCUAACCAGAUGGUUAGAAGUUAAAACUAUUGAUGUUGUUGGAUUAUAUAAUAUUUGAUUAUAUUAUGAAUGCCAAAAUUAUAGCAAUUUGACGAAUCA